CGCAUGAAAUAAUAGAACAUAACAACACAACAUAAGUUUGCAAACAAAACAUCGACUAAACUGAAAACCGGAUCCACCAAACCGGAAAAGGUCUGUCUGGGGGACCGCGAAGUGGCACCAUAACUGAUAAGCCCCCAACGAGGUCACCCUUCACCCCAGCGGAUUCGAGACUAUCAAACUCUACAGUCUGCGUCACCAUCACGGCAUUCCAUAAUCGACAAUGGGCAAACUAACAGAUAUUCUUCAAUCCCUUAAGAAGGAAGAUGGGUCAUCUAACGAAUCUAAACGAGAGUCAGAGUUGACUAGCCUGGUCCCGUAUCUCUCUCUCUCAGAAGUUCGAGCUCUUCGUCUCCGACUCAACGCUAUCGUGAUCCCCAACGACUUAUGUACGAGAUUCCCCCUGGAGAUUGUGGAAAGCAUAGCACAAUAUCUCGACCUCGAAGAAAUCAUUCAGGCACGCCAUAUAUCCAAAUCCUGGUGGCACGUGUUCGGAUGCCGUGAGUCCUCGGUCCAAUUUCUCAAGUGGCACUUUCCCUUAGUCUGGGAACAGGACUUCAAACAUCUCACAAAGGAUGAGCAAGUAUCCGACAGGAUGAGUCCUCACAAGCUACUGUUGACCGAGGCAGAAAAACGCAUUCGGAUCAAGCAGGGUCAAUACCAUUCCAUGGAGGUAUAUCAACUAGCUCACAGUCUUAAAGAAGUCCAAUAUUGCAAUGGCAGGAUGGCUUUCCGAGCCGUCAAUAAUUCGCACGGCGACAAUGAGUCUAUUAAUGUGUGGGAUCUUCGAUCAGAGGUCUCAGUACUGUAUACGGAUGAGAACCGGGAGGACAUCUAUCGUUGGCAACUAUCAGAUUCUCUCAUAGUCUGCGAGAAGCGAGGGCCGCCAACCUUGUUGGUAUGGCGUCUGGAUCGGGAUAUCUCUGACAGUCCGACCGCUGUCCGUCUACCAAGCAAUUAUAGAUCAUUAUCGGUUCGUCAUAAGCAGAUUGCACUUAUCACUCACCAAUCCGAAGUCAUGGUUUGGACAUGGGGCGGAGCUCUGAAGUUGGUCGAUACGAGCGAAUUUUCCCAAAAGCUCGGGAAGGGGGUUACUAGAUUUCUUAGGGAACAAGUGCUCUUCCACCCCCUGCACUCUAAUCACAUCUUUGUUGUUUCACAAGCAUACAUAGAGGAUGGACGCGAGCUCCUCGUGUCCGAAUAUACCAUAACUAGCAGUCAGUGGAAAUUAGCAGCAACGCAUCACUUGACAGACUUGAGUGCUUUCCUGGACUCAGAAACAGUAAUUCAGCUUCAUGACGGCAACAUUGGUAUACAUGGCUUCGACGGUCGAGCCCAAAGCGAUUGGAUGAGGUCGAGCGAUAAAAUUAUUUUCCCUACGGAGCGGCCAUACCUCCUUACGACAUUUGAUAUAUCCACUAAGAGAUUUAGCCACCAGACAUACUGGCUCCAAGGCUGGGCCAGUGAGCAACUCGAUAUCUCGAUCAAUCGAGAACAAAUACUGCUUUGGAGAGAUCGGUUGUGUAUGCCAGUCUACAAUACGCACAUGAAUGCCAGACACAGACCAGAAGGCGUCACGGACAUGAUCCUUGCAGGAUUUGCGCCAAUUGAACAGAAGCCGUCCAAGAUCGAACGGUGGUAUGGACGGACAAAGGAGGACAAUCAGGCUCUCUUGGUCCCAAGAGAUGCUGCGAUGGGCAAGAGUGCACUGGCAUAUUGUUGGAUCGGAGGAAAUGAAUUUGCAAAAGAAGCACGAGAAAGAGGGUCUUUUUUAACGGAGCGGAUGGUGCUAGGAGAUGACGAAUUUGUGGUGUUGGUGGGAUGCUAUGGCUUUGUGGUAUGGUCCUUCGACGAAAAGGUUAUCUUACGGAAAUCGGGGUCGUCAUCAGAUCCGAACCUUCCACCAGGUCUCCUCCAUCCACUUCAUGAGAGAUGGUAGGAUAUUAGAAUGAUCUGCUUUGAGGAUGCAGGUUGAAUUCGAUAAGCAGAUCGACGACUAAUUAGAAGAAGCUUGUUGAUAGAGAUUGGCGUUUUUCAGGUUGCAUGGUGUUCACGAUACCCAGAAAUAACGGAGACUUUACAGAGAAAGGACGAAACACAUUCUUACGUAAGAUUAUGGUAAUACCCAGGAUGAAUGAGUCCUGGCCGUGAUUCGACAGGUGCUCUGAACACUGAUUACUUAGUCUUUGAAUGUAUUGAUAAUGCUGUGGAGUGUCAAAGCCAAAUGACAUGGCAUACCCUCCUUUGGGAAAUGAAAUUUUGUUCCC